ACAACAACACCCCCCCCCAACCUCUUCUCCUCUCCCCUCUCCCAGCAUCUUCUCCUAAUGGUACUGCUGUGCCUUCCCCAAAUCGCAGUCUUUCGGUGUAAAAAGCCGCCCUUUCUAGCUUACAGUUGAGCUCCUCUCUAGUCUCCGGCCACCUCCUUGUUCUCGCUUCCCCAAUGGGGCUUCCAAUUCUCUUCGCGUUGGUGUUCUUCGUCGCCAUGGCCGGAGUGGGGAGGGGGGAGCCGACGCAGGAAAAGGCGGCUCUUCUGGCCUUCAUCUCCCGGGUUCCCCACGAGCCGCGCGUCCGGUGGAACGCCAACGCCUCCGCCUGCAGCUGGGUCGGCGUCACGUGCGACGCCAGCAACACCUCGGUGGUGGAGCUCCGCCUCCCGGCCGUCGGCCUGGUGGGGCCCAUCCCCGCUGGCACCCUCGGCCGCCUCACCUCCCUCCGCGUCCUCUCCCUCCGCGCCAACCGCCUCUCCGGCCCCAUCCCCGACGAUCUCGGUAACCUGACCCUCCUCCGGAGCCUCUACCUCCAGAACAAUCUUUUCUCCGGCGGGAUCCCGCUGGCAGUGUCCAGGCUGGGCCGCCUCGGCCGCCUCGAUCUCUCCGGCAACAACCUCACCGGUGAAAUCCCCUUCGCGCUCAACAACCUCACGCACCUCACCGGCCUCUUCCUCGAGCGCAACCGCUUCUCCGGCAGCCUCCCCAGCAUCAGCAUCGACUCCCUCGUCGACUUCAACGUGUCGUACAACAACCUCAACGGAUCCAUCCCCCAGACCCUCGCUCGCUUCCCGCCGUCCUCCUUCGCCGGAAAUCUAAACCUCUGCGGCGCUCCCCUCCCGCCGUGCACCCCAUUCUUCCCCUCCCCCGCCCCAUCCCCUGGAGGAAACCCGGCAGGGGUAUCGAAAUCGUCCAAGAAGCUGUCCACGGCGGCGAUCAUCGCGAUCGCGGCGGCCGGCGGCGCGUUGCUGCUGCUAGUGCUUCUGUUGUUGGUGAUCUGCUGGGCGUUCCGGUGGCGGAGGGAGCGGCAGAGGAGGAGGGAGAAGGCGGCAAAGGGGGUCGGAGCCGCGGGGGGGCCGGGAAGGUCGGGGGAGACGGGGAUGACGUCGUCGUCCAAGGAGGAGACAUCGGGAGGGGGAGGGGCGGUGGAGGUGGAGAGGAACCGGCUGGUGUUCGUGGGAAGGGGCGGGGGUUACAGCUUCGACCUGGAGGAUUUGCUGCGGGCGUCCGCGGAGGUGCUGGGGAAGGGAAGCGUGGGGACGUCGUACAAGGCGGUGCUGGAGGAGGGAACGACGGUGGUCGUGAAGCGGCUCAAGGACGUGGUGGCCACGAAGCGGGAGUUCGAGCUCCACAUGGAAACCCUGGGCAAGGUGGAUCACCUCAAUUUAUUACCGCUUCGAGCCUACUAUUAUUCCAAGGACGAGAAGCUCCUCGUCUUCGACUACCUUCCCGCCGGCAGCCUUUCUUCCCUCCUCCACGGGAGCCGGGGAUCCGGACGGACGCCUCUGGACUGGGACAGCCGGAUCCGAGUGGCCCUGGCGGCCGGCCGCGGCCUGGCCCACCUGCAUUCGGCUGCGCGGCUGGUCCAUGGCAACGUCAAGGCCUCGAACGUGCUGCUCCGGCAGGACCUGGACUCGGCGGUGCUCUCCGACUUCAGCCUCCAACCGCUCUUCGGCUCCGCCGCCCCGCACAACCGCGUGGCGGGCUACCGCGCCCCCGAGGUCAUCGAGACCCGCCGCCCCACCUUCAAGUCCGACGUCUACAGCUACGGCGUGUUGUUAUUGGAAUUGUUGACGGGGAAGGCGCCGAACCAGGCGUCCCUCGGGGAGGAUGGGAUCGAUCUCCCGCGGUGGGUGCAGUCGGUGGUGAGGGAAGAGUGGACGGCGGAGGUGUUCGACGUGGAGCUGAUGCGUUACCCCAAUAUCGAGGAGGAAAUGGUACAGCUGCUCCAGAUCGCCAUGGCCUGCGUGGCCACCGUCCCCGACGCCCGCCCGGACAUACCCGAGGUCAUCCGCAUGAUGGAGGACCUCCUCAACCGGACGGAGGGAGACGACGCCCUCCGCGGUUCCUCCGACGACCCUUCCAAGGGUGGCUCCGCCGGGCCCACGCCGCCCGCCGCCACCACUCCAUGACUACCAUGAUGAUGGCUGCUGAUCCUUCUCUUCCCUCGCAAGGGGACAUCCACAGACAGAGUAUAUAGAAGUCGAUCACCGUCGAAAAUAGGAAAAUUGUGCAUUUUCUUUACUCUCUGUUCACAAAUUUUUUCAACCUGCUGGCUUCUCCCCUCCCCACCCCUUUUUUUUCCCCUUUUUAUUUAAUCCAAUUUGAUUUGUUUCGGGGGGGUUAACGGAUGAGAUUGGAUUCCAUGGCAUCUGGGAAGUGGAACUGGAUUGUCAAGUUGAAAGUUUUUAGUUGGAUUUAAUGUGGAUUCAUUUUCUUUCUUCUUCUACUCAAAA